AUGGUGUGGAAAGGUGAGGUGAUCAAGCCAAUAGACUCAAUUGAGUUGCUGUUGUUUAUUUGGGUAAUCGCACAACUCGUUUGUUGUCCUUCAAAAGUAAACUACCAUGCAAGAAUCUAUUUCAAAGUUGAGGUGAGCGACGUGAAGACGAGCGCAGGCAAUGCGGCGACGUGUCAAGUUGACAUCGUAAAACAGGAGUAA